AUGUCUGGUCGUGGUAAGGGCGGCAAAGGGUUGGGCAAGGGAGGCGCCAAGAGACACCGGAAGGUGCUUCGUGAUAAUAUUCAAGGCAUCACUAAACCGGCCAUCCGCCGUUUGGCUCGCCGUGGUGGCGUGAAGCGUAUUUCGGGGCUGAUUUACGAAGAGACCCGCGGCGUGUUGAAGGUUUUUCUGGAGAACGUUAUCCGCGAUGCUGUAACUUACACCGAACACGCGAAGAGGAAGACUGUGACUGCCAUGGACGUGGUCUAUGCCCUGAAGCGCCAAGGGCGCACUUUGUACGGCUUUGGGGGUUAGUCUUACCAACAACGGUAGUAGAAUAGCCUCAAAAAGGCCCUUUUAAGGGCCACCCACUUUUUCAUGAAAGGAGUUGUGUUUACAUAGUAAAAGUUAAGGAAGUCACUGGGUGACUUUGGGUCAGUCAUUGACUGUCAGCCUAGCCCAACUCACAGGGUUGUUGUAGGGAUAAAAUCAA